AUUGUGGUCAACGUUUAAGUAUGCGUCGUAUCUGCGCGGUUCCACCGUGAACUGGCGAACUAUGGCAAAUGCGAGGCAGUUGGCGCUUCAUGACAAUAUUCGCUAAGUGCGCACACGCAGCACCCGUCUCGCGGACUUCAAUAACAGCACGCGAUAUUAAAAUAAUAAUAAAUAAAAAAAUAAAAAAAAAACUGAUAAACAAUAUCGUUGAAGUGGCCCCCGGUAACCGCGUGUCGCAGGCGUGCAGUGUAAUUGUGAAUCGGUUUUUUAAUUAGCAUGUAAAUCGUGUCAGUGAUUAUAUUGCGCGAGAUCAUAUUGGUUUGACUAAUGGAAAACGAAGAGUCCCAAAUACAAGCUCACAAGUUGCUUGGACAGAAGAAUGUUGCAGCAACAAGAAAAGAUAAUUUUCUCACAAAGCGUCUACGAUCAUGUUGCAUUAUACCCCAAAGGUACAUUCUCGGAGUUAUGGGGCUAAUGGGGGUUUGUAAUGCGUACACAAUGAGGGUUUGCCUUAAUUUAGCCAUUACUCAGAUGGUAAAUAAAACUAUAACAAACGAGACGCAUGCCAUCGAUCCAUACGCAUGCUCCAGUGGCGACGUUACUGGAAAUGAAACUGAGAUUCCAAAACCGUACGCCAUAUUUAAUUGGAACGAAACAACGCAGGGCUUAAUUUUAGGUGGAUUUUACUUUGGAUAUGCGGCGACACAGGUACCUGGUGGAUAUUUAGCGGAAAAAUACGGUGGUAAAUGGACUCUUGGCCUUGGGUUGUUGAGCACAGCGCUUUUUACCUUUCUGACACCGUUCGUGACUAGAUUAGGAGGUGCCACGUGGUUGUUUAUUCUUCGAGUGCUGCAAGGAAUGGGAGAGGGUCCAACAAUGCCAGCUCUUAUGAUAAUGUUAGCGCGCUGGGUGCCUCCGAACGAACGUUCUUUCCAAGGUGCCCUGGUGUUUGGUGGUGCUCAAAUAGGCAAUAUAUUCGGUUCAUAUAUGUCCGGAAUAUUGCUAGCAAACGGAGCAAACUGGGCCUAUGUGUUUUAUUUCUUCGGUGGAUUUGGUAUUUUGUGGUUCAUUCUAUGGAGCUUCUUAUGCUACAGCACGCCCAACAGCCAUCCGUACAUCUCCAAGAAGGAGCUCGCUUAUCUGAACAAGAAAGUAACUACAGCAGACACUGCGAACAUUAAGGAUCCGGUUCCCUGGAAGGGCUUGCUUCGAUCAGCACCUGUCUGGGCUUUAGUGUUUGCUGCCGUCGGUCACGAUUGGGGCUACUAUACAAUGGUGACAGAUCUACCGAAGUACUCCCAGGAUGUUCUUAAAAACAAAAUCGAAACUACGGGGAUCAUAACUUCAGUACCCUACCUCGCCAUGUGGAUUUCAUCAUUCUUAUUCGGCCUAGUGUGCGAUUUGUGCAUCAAAAAAGGUUGGCACACAAUAAAAACUGGAAGAAUCAUACACACCACUAUCGCUGCAACUGGUCCCGCCAUAUGCAUUAUCCUCGCCUCCUACGCCGGCUGUGACUCUACCAAGGCCACUAUUUAUUUCGUCCUCUCUAUGGCCCUCAUGGGAGGCUUCUACAGCGGAAUGAAGGUUAAUGCGUUAGAUUUGGCACCAAACUACGCUGGUACACUAACAUCAUUGGUGAACACAACGUCUACUUUCGCUGGAAUCGCAACGCCAUACCUUAUUGGUUUAUUGACCCCUGACUCAACCAUAGCUCAAUGGCGAGUGGCAUUUUGGGUGUGUUUCGCGGUGUUAGUUGGCACAAAUGUGGUGUACAUAAUAUGGGCCGACGGAAAGCAACAGUGGUGGGAUGACGUCAGACAGUACGGCUACCCGCCUGGCUGGAAACAUGGACCCCUCAUACGUGAAAACCCUGAACAAGCUGAAGCAGUUCAGCUAUCUGACAAGCAGUGAAAACUAGUAAAAACCAAUGUUACUUUAACUGCAUUUAAUGCCAACAAAAUUGUGUCAUAAAAGUAUGUAAGCUGUACAAACUGAUUCAAUUGUUAUAAAUUAAAUAACGUUCCAAACGACAUCUCUAGUAUAAAUAGGUACAAUGUUUCUUAGGUUUAUAAGAUUUAAAAGUAAAAAUACAACAUGAAGGUACAAACUAUGAAGUCCAAUCUGUAUCAAAUCAAGUUGGUCAUUAUUAAACUAUGCAGUCCUAUACAGCAUUUCUAGCUGAAGCACUGUUGAGAGGAUGUAUAAUAAUAAAAAUUAACAAAAUAAUGCUAGCUCAAUUUUGUACUGUACUUUUACAUAAUCAAUAUGAUUUUGUGAAUCACAAUUUAGAGAAAUCAUUCCUACGCUAGAUUAUGUACAUUAAUUAUACUCAGAACAAAAAAUAUUACGAAUUUUUUUUUUGAUAAAUCUAUUGAUAUUAUUUUUAAAAAACUGGAGCGAAUUAGAUACAUUGCCUUUUUUUCGCGAGCCCGCACCUACAAGUAAUAGUGGUGAUUUUAUGAAACAUUUAAUGCAUAUUUCGUUUAUUACCAACAUGAAAAUUUAAAUAGUUCUUGUUCAUUGCCAAUAUUGUAUUGUAUUCGAUUUUGAUAAAUACCUACCAUAAAAAUUAUUGUUUUAAAUAAUAAAUUUUCGUACUUUGAUUUAUAUAUAUAUUUGUCAAAUCACUGCCAUCAUGUUUAUUCCAGUGUAACUAGUCAUUCAAGACAUAAUAUGUUACGUGUGUUAUCGAUGUUACAAUGUGUACACAUUUUGUAUUACAGUAGUAAUAUAAUAAUUUUAAUUUA